GAAAAAUUAGAAGUUUUGAAAACCUCCCUAAAAUAGACAUUACUCUCAAAUAUGAGAACCUGUUACUGUAAAAGCUGAUUCCUUAUUUCCAAACGCCCCCCUCUAAAUCGCAAUGACCAGUUAGAAGCGGUGCAGCCACGCCUGCUCGUCGUUUCUUCUCCGGCCUUCCUGUCAAAGAAAAGCUGACCCCGGAACUAAUAAAAGUUAAAGCUCUUGAGGGCAGUUGAAGUGCUAUACCAAUAGGGAACUGAAGUGUUGCAUCUGCACGUAGGAGACAAGAAAAAGCUUGGCAUGAUUUUGCACAUUUUUAGAUCCUAUUAAGCAGUUGAUUUUUCUAUCCACGCUAGUUGGGUAAGCUUGCAGACAGAUAGAUGGUUAUUCCACCACCAGUUAAGUGGCCACCAAGAGUUACAAAGUUUCUGAAACCGUACAUCCUCAAGAUGCACCUAACAAACAAGUAUGUGAGUGCCCAAGUUAUCCACUCACCAACUGCCACAAUAGCAUGUUCAGCAAGCUCUCAAGAGAAGGCCUUGAGGUCAAGCAUGGAGAAUACUCGAGAUGUAGCAGCUGCUGCCAAAAUUGGGAAAAUACUAGGGGAGCGCCUGCUGCUCAAGAACAUCCCUGCCGUCUCUGUUUUCCUGAAAAGAGAACAGAAGUAUCAUGGAAAGGUGAAAGCUGUGAUGGAUUCUGUGAAAGGAGCUGGUGUCAAACUCCUAUAAACUGUGGUUCCAAGAAAUUCUACUGUGUCCUGAAGGGAUUACUUCGAGAGAGGAUUUUUUUUUUUUCAUUGAACUUGUUAAUGACAAGAAAAAGGAUUGUAUUUUAAUGAAUAUUUAAUUUGUUUA